AUGAAUAAGCUGUUGAGUGUGCUUGACAAAGCUUCGUGCGGAUUUUCCUUCGUGUUCAAUUCGUACUUGAUUUAUCUGAUACUCACAAAAUCACCAAAAGAGUUUGGUGUUUACAAGUAUUUUCUGGUUUUUACUUCCGUGUUUGAAAUUGCAUACUCAAUGCUAGAGGCUUACUUGGCUCCGAUACAUUAUUCGUUCGGCACAACUGAUCUGGUCCUGAUUUCAACCUCUCAUAAAACAUUUUCUCGUUUCACCCUUCUCGUCUUAAAUUCGAUAUAUUGGGGAUUCUACGGAUCAACUCUAUCCAUCUAUGCCGUUCAUUUCAUUUAUCGAUAUCUAACAGUUUGUAAAAAUCAUCUAAUCCAUAUUUUCAAUUCGUGGAAAUUUUGGUUAUGGCUGACCAUACCGUUAAUGGUUGGAAUCUUUUGGUGCUUUAUUGGUUUUUAUUUAUGUGAACCGAAUUCUGAAACAGAAAAAUUAUCCAAGAAAUAUAUUUUCGAAACAUUUGGAGAACACAUUGAACAUUUUGUAUAUCUGGGAGGAACGGUUUAUACAAUCCUAAAAGAUGGAACUAUCAUUCUCCAUUGGAAAAUAGUAAUUGGAGUUAUGUUGAUGUCUUUGUCGAUUAUUGUUUCAUUCUCUAUCAUUCUUUUCUGUGGUAUAAAAUGUUAUCAUUCGAUCGAAAUAAUGAUGCAAACCUCAUCAAUGGUGUCCUCUAAAGCCAGAUCUCUUCAAUCCCAAUUAUAUUAUGCUCUGGUUUUCCAGAUAAUUAUCCCAACAGUUCUGUUGAAUGUACCAUUAGCUGUAUUCUUUGUGCUGACACUUUUGAACAGAGGACCUGGAGAAUACAGUGCAUAUCUGUCGCUUCUGAUAAGUCUUUAUCCUGUUAUCGAUCCACUUCCCAACUUUUUCAUCAUCAGUGCCUAUCGAAAAGCGGCGUUUGGAUGCUUCAAGUGGAACCGGCAGUUAUCCGAUGUCAAUCAAGUACCACCAAACUCGAAGAAUUUAGUUGCACCAGCGAAUAUCUCCAUAAAGUAA